AUGGCAGCCGGCAACCAGACGGGCGAUAUGGAGUCUUGGUUUUCGCUGCCAUGCUUUGCGCCCCAGUGCUGGUGCCAGGCUGGGCGCCGUGGUCGCUGGCCGCCCUUACUGCUAUUAAGAAUAACUGAUCACUCUGACCCGCUUCUCGAGGAGCAGGAGAAGAGAUGCAGAAGAAGUACGACUCGAAAGGCGGCAGACUCGAAAGCGGCGGAGGCGGCCCUGCAGAAGGAGUACGACUCGAAAGCGGCGGAGGCGGCCAACCUGCAGAAGGAGUACGACUCGAAAGCGGCGGAGGCGGCCAACCUGCAGAAGGAGUACGACUCGAAAGCGGCGGAGGCGGCCAACCUGCAGAAGGAGUACGACUCGAAAGCGGCGGAGGCGGCCAACCUGCAGAAGGAAAACGGAGACAUCAAAGAGAAACUGAAGGAAAAGGAAGCAGAAAUCAAACAAGUAGAGACCGAGUGCGAGGCCAAGAUGCGGGACACGAACACAGCCUACAACGCCAAGGAGGACGAGGCAUACGACCUGAAGAGGGAGAAGGGAGACCUGAUGCUAGAGAUAGGGAGAAAGGAAGAGGAGAUAAAAAAGCUAGAGGGCCAGGUGAAGAAGGCGCGAAGGGACCGGCAAAGGGGCGAGAGAGAGGCCGGGGCCGAGAGGGAAGGCUUCAAUGCGCAAAUCGCAGGCCUUGAGGAACGCAUUGCAACUCUCCAGUCUCAUCUGGAAGAAGAAUCGCGCAAGAAUCUAGCGCUGACGACGCAGAUCGCAGAGAAGGAGAGCGAGCUCACGCAAGCCGAGGCAGAUCACGAGAAAAGGGUGAAGAACCUCAAAAAAAGGGAGAAGAGGAAAGAGAAAGAGGCAGCCGAGGACAGAGGCGAGCUUGAGAGCGAACUCAAGAGACGAGACAAGAAGAUCGAGGACCUCAAGAAGAAACUAAGAGACCAAGAAGAAGAAAAAGAAGUCGACCCGCAGUCCGAGGAGGAAGACAGCCUGCUGAAGCGAAUGAUGAGGCAGGUGCGCGAGCAGGAAGAGAAAAUGAAAGACGUUCUUUCUGCGAUGGAAUAUUUUCGUCUGCAAGAAAUGGAGCCGCCUCGAGACCCCGAGGCGCCGGGCGCUGGCGAGCCCUCGGCCGUGGGCGGGAGGAGGAGGGUUCGGGGAGCAGCUGGCAGCGGCGACACUCCGCCAGCAGCUGCCAGGGACGGGGCGAAAGCAGCGGCAGGCGGGGGAGACAAGCCUCGGCAAGCAACUGGCAGAAAGGGCAAGGCCAGGAAGGCACCGGAGGACGACGAGCCUUUGUCAGCAGCGGGCAGGGAUGAGCGUCCGGAGGCAGCAGGCACGAGGGGAAAGGUGCGGCAAAGGGCAGACAGGAAGGCCGAGGGCGAGGUGGCAGCCGAGGGCGAGGUGGCAGCCGAGGGCGAGGUGGCAGCCGAGGGCGAGGUGGCAUCCGAGGAGUCACCUCAAGAAGACAGCGACGCGUCAACACUAGAAGAUGAGAGUGACGAAUCAGUGUGAUGUUAUCCAUCCUGGUUGAGAUAGCAUGAUAUGAAAUACAUAGAA